AUGGACCCGGUGGGCUUCGUUUGUGAUAAAGAUACGUCAAUUGAUGCCGGUGUAGAAGGCAGUGGUGGUCAUAUUGAUGGUUGCGUAGAAGGAAGUGGGAGUCAGUGUGAUGAAGGGAAUUCAACUGAUGUUGCUGUAGAGACUAGUGGUCAGGGUGCCAGUGAACACUGUUUGACUGAUGUUGAGGCGGAAGACAAUGCAUGUGUUUUGGAAACGUCUCCUGGGUUGACUAAGUAUUGGCGUCCAGUUUGCACUGAUAGUUUGAAGCCUAUGGUGGGGCAAACGUUUGAUUCAUUGGAUUGUGCUAUUGUUUUUUAUAAACAGUAUGCUGGGUAUGUUGGUUUUGAUUGUAGAAAGGGUACAAUUCGGAGGAGGAGGGAUGGUGUUGUUGUGGAGAGACAGGUAUUUUGUAGCCGAGAGGGGUUUAAACAGAGUAUUUAUAGUACUCAAUCUACGUGUGUUGGUGAUGGUAAGCCUAUUGUUGUGAAGAGACGGAGGGUGACAAAUAGGGUUGGCUGCAAGGCUAGAGUGGUGUUUAAGCGUAAGUCUAAUGGACUGUUUGUUGUGCAUUUUUUGGAGGAACGACACACUCAUGUGAUGUGUUCAAUUAUUGCUAAGCAGUUUUUAAAGGUGAAUCGUAGUCUUGAUACUGGCCAUCAAAUGUUCAUUGCAAGUUGUGUUCGGGCAAAUAUUUGGUAUGUUCGGUCGUAUAAGCUGUUUAAGGAGAUUGUUGGUGAGUAUUCCAAUGUUGGGGCUACUGGGGUGGAUUUUAAGAAUUUCAAGCGUGAUUUGAUGGCAUACAUAUUGAAUGGUGAUGCUCAACUAUUCAUAGAUACGCUUUUUAAAAGGCGUGAAUUGUGUGAGGCUUUCGAGUUUGAAUAUGACGUUGAUGAUGUUGAUCAGCUUACAAGGGUUUUUUGGGCAGAUGCAGUAUCAAGGAAGAACUUUGCAUUGUUUGGUGAUGUUGUUUUAUUCGAUGCUACAUACCGAUCUAACAGGUAUAAUUUGGUGUUUGUCCCAUUUACUGGAAUUGAUAACCAUAAGAGAUCCAUCACAUUUGGUGCUGGUUUACUUACGAGGGAAGACGUAGACUCAUAUGUUUGGCUUUUGGAGAGAUUUAAGAAAACCAUGCGUCAUGAACCUAUUUGUGUCGUUACUGACCAAGAUCCAGCUGUCAAGAUUGCAGUUGCUCGUGUGUUUGGUACAUCAAAACAUAGAUUCUGCAUGUGGCAUAUAAUGUGCAAGGUUGGCGAGAAGGUUGGACCGGUUUUAGCUAAGGACGAGGUGUUUAGGAGGAAGUUGAAUGGCAUUGUUUGGAACAAAUCUAUAGAUUCCAAAACUUUUGAGGAUUUAUGGAGUCGUAUUAUAGAGGAAUAUGGUUUGGGUGAUAAUGGUUGGUUUCGUUACUUGUUUGAGUCUCGUACAUUUUGGGCAUCUCCAUACUUUCAUGAUGAGUUUAUGUCGGGAUUUGUUAGGACAACAUCUCGAUCAGAGUCUCAAAAUAGUUUUUUUGGCAGUUUCUCCAAUGGUCAUUCCAGUUUGGUUGAGUUUUUGGUGCAUUUUGAUAGUGCUAUUAGUGCACAACGACAUGCCCAAGCAAAAUUGACUGCUAACUCUGAAUCAUGCUUUCCUGUUUUGAAGACUCCAUUGGCGCUGGAGAAACAUGCAAUGGAUGUCUAUACCAUUUCUGUAUUUUAUGAUGUGCAAGUAGAGAUUUGUGAAGGUUGUUUUUCUUGUCGAGUGGUGUCUUUGUGUGAGUGCGAGGGUAAGGUGUGCUAUGGGAUAAAAGAUGGUGACAAGAAGGCAUGGUCUGUGGAGUUUUUGUUGGCUGACUGUAGUGCUAUAUGUUCAUGCAAGAUGUUUGAGCGGAUGGGGUUGGUGUGUAGGCAUAUUUUUUUUGUGUUUAAAGAUCAUGGACUUGAGAGAAUUCCUUCUAUGUAUUUGGUGUCUCGGUGGACAAAAGGUGCUAGUUUGAAGCCAAUAUUUGAUAUUGAUGAUACGGUUGUUGACCAAUCGGCUAAAGUGGACAAUGUUAGGGUGCUUACUAAUCUAAUGUGGUCUGAAAUUUAUGCUUGCGUGGGAUUGGCUGAUGGUAAUGUAGAACGGUUGGAAAAACUAAGACGUGUUAUUUGUGAGCAAAGGGAGUUCUUUUAUCAAAGAUGGGGGUCAACAGUGGAGGUGCGUGAUCCAAUUAAAGCUAAGAACAAGGGCGGCGGGAAGCGGAUGAAGAGUGCAAGGGAGAAAGCUGUGAAUAAGUGCAUAAAGCAAUCAAGGAAAUGCCAUACUUGUGAUGAAUAUGGCCAUAAUAGUAGGACGUGCCCAUUAAAUGGCUAG